GUUCUGCCCAAAAAUCUUGAAAAAACCUACCCAAGUCCUAACAUGUUUCGUAAAUUUCAUCUUUACAUGUUUCAACCAAAAAAAAAAUAGUGUAUAUUUCUGGGCUUCGUUGUCAAAUUGACCAAAAAGGGUGUAUCGAUUACAUCUUGAUACUUCCGAUUCAAAUCCUUUCACAAACCCCAAUUUUCAUCCCCUUUAUUCUUCAAAAACCCAAAAUCCUGGCUUGUGUUUCAUCUGCUUCAAAUCAAUCGCCUAUCAGAGAUUGAAAGCCCUAAAAUUCGUAUAAAGCAACUGUCUUUUCUUCCAGUUAUUUUAUAUUAGGUUUUGAGAUUCUGAUUAUUCAAUGGGAAAUGUGUUUGUGAAGAAACCGAAGAUCACUGAAGUUGAUCGAGCGAUUUUAUCUCUCAAAACCCAGAGGCGUAAGCUUGCUCAAUAUCAACAACAGCUUGAAAAAGUUAUCGAAGCUGAAAAGCAAGCCGCAAAAGAUUUGCUUCGUGACAAGAAGAAAGAAAGGGCAUUGUUGGCAUUAAGAAAGAAGAAAGUACAAGAAGAUCUAUUAAAACAAGUUGAUGCAUGGCUAGUUAACGUUGAGCAACAAUUGGCAGAUAUUGAACUAGCAAGCAAGCAGAAAGCCGUGUUUGAGAGUUUGAAAGCCGGUAAUAAUGCAAUGAAGGCGAUCCAAGGUGAAAUUAACCUCGAUGAUGUUCAAAAACUGAUGGAUGAUACAGCUGAAGCCAAAGCAUACCAAGAUGAAAUCAAUGCAAUCUUGGGAGAGAAGCUGUCAGCCGAAGAUGAAGAGGAUAUAUUAGCAGAAUUUGAAAACCUUGAAGCUCAGAUGACAAUUCAAGAUCUGCCAGAAGCUCCUGUUUCCACAAAAGAUGAAGAGAAGUUGGAUCUACCUGAUGUACCAACAAAAGCACCUGAGAUUGUUGCUGAUAAAUCUCAAGCUGUGAAAACAAAAGUUAUGGAGGAGCCUCUACCCGCAUAACGCGUUGACCGACAUUGACCUCCGGAAUACUCGAUGAUAAUUGAUGGCAUUUGAUACAGUUUAUCUACAGUCUUUUUAUCAUGAUCAUGAUCUUGACAUGUGAUCGUAGUCAUUUUUACUUGUGUUUAUUUGAAUGGAUCUUGUUGCAGGAUUGCAUUUUAAGAAAACUGUACAGUUUUUUUUCUGUGUAUUUGUAUGAAACAUAAAAGUUAAAAACUGAAUAAACUUUAUUUGCUUAAAA